AUGGAUUCUGAAUUAGAAGCAUUGAACAAGAAUAGAACUUGGACCAUAGUAGAUUUUCCAUCAAAUGUUAAGCCUAUUGGAAACAAAUGGGCAUUCAUGGUAAAUCAUAGAGGUGAUGGCACAAUAGAGAUGUAUAAGGCAAGAUUAUUUGCCAAGGGUUUUAAUCAUAUUGACGGUCUGGAUUUCUUUGAUACUUUCUCACUUGUGGCAAAACUCACCACAAUUAGGACAUUGCCUGCCACUGUUGCCAUAAAUUACUGGUUUAUGCAUCAACUCGAUGUGAACAACUCCUUUUUACAUGGAGAGCUAUAA